GAAACAUACAAGUCAAGACGCGUAUUAAUGUCUGAUGAAGAAUUUAGUGAGGCUGCGUUGCUUUUUAACGCAAAAAAUUAUCAUGGAGCCGUACAACAUUAUGAACGUAUAGCCUCUUGUGUAGAUAUUACCCCUGAAACCAAGGCUCGCGCCCUGAGUAAUAUUAGUGCCUGUUAUGCAAGCAUAAAGGACUUCGAAAAAGCCCUGGAAAGCUCCGUUGAGGCUAUGAAACUCCAAUGUUUCAAUGCAAAAAUACUAGGAAGAGUAGCGACUGCCUAUGAAGGAAUGAAAUACUACAAAGAGGCUAUCAAAUACUUUGAAAAAGCCAAUGAAUUGGAUUCAUCCAAAGGGACUUACGUCGAAUCGAUUUCCAGGGUUCGGACGCUGAUGCAGUCCACCUGUGGUCUCUCUAGCGAAGAGACCAAAAGUCAAUACUACUACGCGAAGAGUCUUGAAAGGGGAAAGGAAGCAAUGCAAGCAGCAAACUAUGUCGAAGCUAUUCGGCACUUUGGAAAAGCCCUCGAUCGCUUGCCUCUUCUGAGCUCUCCUAGGGAGAAGGCGAUCUUGCUUUCUAAUCGUAGUGCCGCCUUUGCGCAUGCCCAACGGAUGGAAGAGAGUGAGGACGAUGCGGUUCAUGCCACCGAGGUCGACCCAACCUACGCGCGAGGCUUUUUCCGCCUGGCGUUUACGCGAAAGGAAAUGAAAAAGUAUUACGAUGCCUACGAGGCCCUGAAGAAGUGUCUCCAUCUGGACCCUGACCAUUCUGCGGGAAAAGAACUGAUGGGAGUGGUCCAGGCCUAUGUGGCCAAGCAGCAGCAGCGCACGGAGGAGCGCGCGGCGAGUGAGGCACGACGCGUCGAGGAGAUUAACGAAAAACGCCAUGAAGAAAGGUUCAAAACGGGAUCGGUCGCUGCUCCCGCCCGCCACGCACACGCCAAUAGCUACGUGUACUGUAAUUAUUGUAAUGAAUCGGGACAUACGCGAGGGGAAUGCCCAUUGAAACUCCGUAAGCGUGGACGCCCGACCUAAGUACCAUGUGCGGUUUAAGUUUGAAUCCAAAGACUCAAAGCAGCUAAAA